AUGCCGUUAACGCUCAGUCUAUACGCACCUCGCCUGUGCGCUUACACGCGAACGAAAGAAAGUGAAAUCUUUAUGAUGAAACAGAUAGUGGUUUUAGAAAUUUGUUUAAUUCAUUUAAUUCUUGCAACUCAAAAUGGUGAAAUGCAAACCAAAGAAAAAUUUACAACUUAUCAGUUAGAUGUUCCCGGAAAAGAACCAAUUACAAUUAUCGAAAAUAUACCGAUAAAAAACAAUGCGCGUUAUAAGUGGGACGUCACCGAAACAACGUUAGAAAAUGAUGCGGAUAUUAAACAUCUUAUGACACAAUUAAUUGAAGAGGUAAAUGAUAAUAGGCCACGUUGCUAUGGACCAUCUUGUCAAGAAGGAUUUAUUGAUAACGAAGGACCUCAGGAAGAUUUUCAGGAGUAUAUAUUGAGAAAUUCAGAUAAAUUAAAAGAUUUUAGUGAAUUUUCUAAUGAACGUUUACAGGCUAUUGCAGCUUUAGCUGCAAAGUUGAAAAGAAAUAAAGUGAAAUCAGAUCGCUAUUCAUCUACGCCUAAUCAAGAUGAAGAAGAUGAAACAAAUGAUAAAGUAUUUACAUCAUGGAAUCGCGUCAAAGUAAAGCAACAUAAACAUCCUUUUGAUCAUAAAGACGGCUGGGUAACAUUAGAACCCGUGGCUUGGUCAACUAGCAAAAUUUCAAAAUGGAAACCUAAUAUUAAAAAACAAAAACCUAGUUACUGGAAUGAAGACGAGGAUUCACACAGUUCCAAUGAUGAUCGAUUCACAUCGUACCAAGAUUCUGAAAAUAGUUAUGUGUAUCCACAAAAACGGCCAACAUUAUUACGUCCAGGUUUUAUAAACAACAAACUGCACAUUCCUCAAGAGUACGAUACAGAACUACCGUCAAAACCAUCUUGGACUAAAAAUAAACUUCAGCAACAACAGCACUCCACACAGAGCUACCAAUUGUCUUGGUCUGAUGAUGAUAGUCGACGUCCUUAUAGACCGAACUGUGAUAAAGAUGAACCCUAUCCAAACGAUGAUUCUGUAUAUUAUGGAAUGUCAGACUCCGUGAUGGCUGAUUCUCGUCCAUCAAAUUAUCCAUAUGAAUACGAAGCAUUACAUCAGUCACCGCAAAAAAGGCCAUUCCGAAGACCCACUCAAGUUGUUUAUGCAGGUGAUUCAGAUAUGGACGAUGAUCGAUCAGAAAGACCUCCUCGCGGGGAGGGCCAAUGGGUGUUACUAUCCACAACCAAAGGUUAUAAAAACAAAAAACGACAAAGGUCGCUAGAACCACCUCAAGGAAGUUCCGAUAAUCCUUCAGUAGUAUCACAUAAAUCUGUUUCACUCACUGUUUUACCCACAGAUGAUUCUUCGCAAAUAAACAUGACGACGUCACAUGGAGGUUUAUUGGAAGUAGAAAGAAGUUUUCAGACAGUUGAAGAAUCUAAAAGAGACAUGGAUUUAAAAAAUGACUCUAAAGUUGCGGAAAGUCAAUUGAGACCUGUUAAGACAAAAUUAUUAAGAAAGAAAGUACUUGGAUCCAAAAAUCCUGAUAGUUCAACGGUACUGGCUGCUGUUGGCGCUGGUAUGGUUCCCGCAACAAUGGCUAUGGUCGUACCUAUGAUGCUUGGUCGACGUCGCAGACGAGAUAUAGAUAAUCCCCAGAUAAUGCAUGUUGAUAAUCUUAUUUAUAGACAUUAG